AUGAAGAAGAGCUGUUUAGUUCUGGGUUUCGUGACGCUUGCAACUGUCAAUGCAGCAAUAAUCCCGCCACCCAUAAGUGAGGCAGCCUAUCAUGCGUUUCGUGACCCCACAUUGGAUAUUGAAGAAGAUGCGAAGGCUGGGUUACGUCCGUAUAAUAUAGAUGUUUAUAUCGCUGAAGACAACAAUAGAGACACUAUUCGGUCGAAACGUCUUGUUGGAAGUUUUGGAUUGGGAGGUUCAAGAGCCCAAACUGCAACAUAUAGUUUGGGAGGAGGGUAUGGUGGCCUCGGAUACCCUGGUGGAUUUGGUGGACCUGCUUUCGGAAGCCCUGUUGGAUCUGCUUUUGGAAGCCCUGUUGGAGGCGGUGGAUUUGGUGGAUUAGGAGGAUAUGGAGGUCUGGGUGGAGGUUUCAGUGGAUCAGCUGCUCAGAGUUCAUCGAGUGCCUUCGGAACUAGUGGUGGUAUCUGGGGUUAG